AGAGCAGCCACACGGCCAGAGAGCGGCUCCCGCGGAUGUUAACCCCGGAGAAAACCAAGACAUGCAUUCGUUAGGCAGGUCGUGGCUGCUGCUUACAGGCUUCAUACUCUUUUAUGUCAUCUACCUGCUGUUCGGAGCCCUGAUGUUCUCCAGCAUCGAGCGGCCGGUGGAGGACAAGUUGCGACAAGAAAUGGAAGUCCUGAAGCAGGAGUUCCUGAACCAGAGCUGCGUCAACUCCACGUCGCUCGAACGCUUUCUGGUCAAAGUGCUGACGGCCAACAAGUACGGCGUGUCCGUCCUCGCGAACAACUCCGCCACCUCCAACUGGGACCUCACAUCCUCCAUGUUCUUCGCCAACACUCUGGUCACCACUGUCGGGUAUGGCCAAACCACUCCGCUGUCUGACACGGGGAAAGCUUUCUCCAUCCUCUACGCCUUGAUAGGAGUCCCUUUCACUAUGCUGGUGCUCACCGCCUGCGUCCAGAGGAUCAUGUGUCCUCUGGUCCUUUCUCCCGUCAGCCUCCUGCAGCGGUCUGGCAUGGAGCCUCGGCCGGCCACGUUUCUCCACUUCCUGUUGCUGCUGCUUCUGGUGGUGUUGUGCUUCUUCGUGGUGCCGGCGGCCGUGUUCAGCUCAGUGGAGUUGUCCUGGUCGUUCUUGGAUGGCAUCUACUUCUGUUUCAUCUCGCUGUGCACCAUCGGACUGGGAGACUUCGUUCCGGGGACGCAGCCUGGGCAGAAGUACAGGCAGCUGUACCAGGUCACCGUCAUGGUCUACCUGUUCCUGGGUCUGAUGAUGAUGUACCUCCUCUUGCGCACCUUCCACAAAAUGGCCGACCUGCACGGCCUGACCACCUUCCUGCAGCUGCCGCGCUGUGACGAGUCGGACCUGGAGGACGACAGGGAGCCCAUCAUCGAGGGCAAACCCGAAGAUCAGGCGCCCCCUUACCAGACAGAAAAAGAGGCCAACAAGCACCUGAAGCCGGGAUCACAUCCCGUUUACAACACCAUCAACUCAGGCUGAGCUGGGGGGGGGCGGAGAAAAGAAGCAGCAGCUCUACCUCUGGCACUCACACUGCUGGGCUGAAUCUGAAUUCUUGUCCUAAGUUUUUACUUCCCGUCUUCUUUAGUCUCUUUGUUGAACGCAUCCAGAGGCGGGAGCAUCAUUUAAUGAGGAAUUGAGAUGAGUUUUAAGAUUCAGCCUCUUGUGUGAGGACCGCCAAUAAGUUUGAGAGUGGUUACUACACACUGCUUUCUGCACAUGUGUGAAAGGUCUAUCCUGCCAUGACUACGGCAACCCGCCUGAGCUAAAAAUGUCAUAACCGAUAACGCUGUGUUUGCCGUACUUGGCUGCUGAGUUUAUGGCCUCGGGAUAACACGUGAAGGGCUUGAUGUAAAAACGUUUAAUACUUGGUUGGUUUUUAGAUCACUUUUGUCUUGCAUGCAUUUUGGUCAUGUUGCUUUAUGUGUCACCGGUCUGGGUUACUACUUAAGGAUUAAAUACAAUUUUAUUUGAUUAUAAUAAUUCAAUGUUGGUGCCUAAAACAAUCGAGGAUGCACUUGCCAACUUUGAAUUUGUUUUUAUUUGGGUGCAUAGUUCCGCUACUUCACUUUAUAUUUCACACGUGCAUAAACCUCAUUAACCAAACCUCCUCCAAACUAUUGACCAGACUAUCCAAUCAUAUUUAAAGACCGGAUUGACCUCCACUCCCUUCUGCACCACUUGAAUGCAUCCACGUAUGUGUGACUUAUCACAACUGCAGUGAAACAACAUGUGAAACUGACAUUUUAGAUUACUUCCUCAAUAAAGGUCAAAUGUCCACCUACGCCGAGCAUUUAAAACACUGGGGACGUUUACUGCAACGUGUUUAAUCAGAUUUCCUGUGUGACAGUUUUGACUUUGCUGUGUCUGGGUCAGUGUUGAAGAGCACAGAAACCACAGAGGAGCACUGUUUGCUUCAGGACACGGGCUGUUCCCCUUUCAUGGUGCUGCCCCCUUGUGUCUACAUGUACGUAGCAAAGCAUGUUACUACAGCCUCAGAGGACAGACUGUAAAAAGCUCCGGGGCAGUAAUAGAUAGGUUUAAAGGGUUGGAAUAGAGGGAUAUGGAGGAAAAGAAAAA